ACUCCCCUCAGAGCUGGAGGGAGCCCAGGCGUCCAGCUCCUGGCUCCCCUUCCUGGGCUGACUCUUCCCCCUGCAGCCGGGCGGGCACCCGCGCUGGCCAGGCCGUGUCAACGGCUGUCGGUGCUGCUGCGAGGUGCGGGGCGCAGGCUGGCGCAACUGCUGCAGGGGCUGCGGCAGCACUCGCGCCACAUCACCCGCUCCGUGCUCUUCCGGCUCGGCGUCGUGGUCGUGGUCUGCGUCCACACCCUGAUGCUGGUGGCCCAGACCUUUGCCGCCAUCCAAAUCCGUGGAGGUACCGGGAACUCGGGCGGCCGGGCCCCGCUCCCUCCCCGGAGCCGGAGAGCACGCGGGCGGCCGGGCCCACGCCCUGCUCCCCCCACAGAGUGGUUCUUCUCGGUGCUGGACGCCGUGUUCCUCUGCGUCUACGUGGUCGAGGCGCUGGUCAAGCUCGCUGCCUUCGGCCUGGACUACUUCCGCGACCCCUGGAAUGACAUCGGUGAGGCCGCAAUGUCCCUCCUGCGGCUGUUGCGCAUCUUCAAGGGCGUCCGCGCCUUCCGCCUCGUGCACCUGAUGCUCAGCCUCCGCCUGGCCUGCCUGGUUGCCUUGACCUUCCCCCCAGUCAUCUUCUCCGUGCUGCUGCGUGACCUGUUCGCACGCUCGGACCCUGGGCGCUUCGGGCACCUGCUGGACACUGUCUUCACCCUCUUCCAGCUCCUCACGCUGGACGACUGGAGCUUCAUCUACCGCGACAGCGCCCAGCAAGGUGCCUCCUACAUCAUCAUCUUCCUCAUGGCCUACAUCCUCAUCGAGUACUUCACCUUCCUCAAGUGAGUCUGCAGCCCUCGACCCCCCUGCAGCCCGGAUUCUCUGGUGGUGCUGAUCCGCCCCAGCUGGAGCCCCAGGAUCAGGCCCAGAUUGGGGACCUGUCCCCUCUGCCUCCCCCCCUCAGCCUCGUCAUCGCCGUCCUGGUCGACAACUUCCAGAUGUCGCUGAUUCGGCGGCAGGAGCUGAAGAAGAGGACGGUGAGCCCCCCCGCCAUACCUGGGCUCUCUGGGAGGGGAGUGGGGGCCCGGAUGCUUGGGUUCCCUCCAGGCCUGGGGCAGAGUUGGGCUCCAGCCCCUUGC